AUGUAUGACCGCCUAGCGUACGCUGUACUCAAUCCGAGCAGUUUUCGCGCCGUUCAAACCCUCUGUGCCCACUGUCUGCACAGCCUGCCCAAGAAUGCCACGCUUUAUCCCGGUCUUAUUCGCCUCCUUUCGUCGUCUUUGUUGCCCACGUCACAACAACCAGUUCUCUUCCUUCCACGAGCGAAGGUUUUUAGUAGAAGCCGCGACUCUCUUAGCAGUUCGAAAAAAUUCUUUGGCUCUCCUGACUCCAAGGAAUCAGUAAAAAUUCAGAAACUAGCCAAAGUUGAACAGAGCCAACUGAAGGAGAUGAUGCAGGGUCACUCGCCGGCCGUUCAACUGCAGCUGGUAGAGGCCUACCGUCGAGGCGUUGAAACGUCGUCAGAGAAUCAAAGGAAAACCCGGAUAUUCCAGACUCUGUCAACAUUGCUCGGCAGAUUAUUUCUCCUGGGCUUCGGGGGAGCCAUCAUCUUUUACGUUAUUCGUUCCUCUGGUCGUGGCUUUGAAGGUGAUAUCUUUUCAGUUGUCCUUCUUAUUCCAAAGCAGGUUCUUUUCCAAAAUUGUUUGACCCCAGUGUGGCCACAUUUGCGGAAAACAUCGAAGUCAAUUUCGGUGAUGUCCAAGGCGUAAGUCUCUUCUCGUUUUUUUCCGUUAGUGACACCCUGCCCUUUCUGAUAGUGUGACGAGGUUAAGAAGGAGCUGCAGGAUAUUGUGGAAUUUCUUCGCAAUCCCGAGAAGUUCAACAAGCUUGGCGCCAAGCUCCCUAAGGGGGUUCUACUAGUUGGACCACCCGGAGUGGGCAAGACCCUUCUCGCGAGAGCAGUUGCUGGGGAGGCUCAGGUAAGUAUGCUUCAUGUUCUCUCAUAUGAUAUUUAAGGAAUUACACCUGAUGCAGAAAAAUAACCUUUAAUAUGUGCAUGUGCAGAGGAUGCGAUGUGAUGCAAAGAAUGCAAACUUAGAUCUUUCGGACGCCACGGGCGUUUUAUCCAUCUAAUCUGGAGUUGGACUUUGCGACCGCACACACACACACCGCUUCGCCUCUGCGGAGUCACUUGGCAUUACUGCUGACUGCUAUUGCAUGAUGUCGUUGGGUCAAACACGGCUGACAGAGUGACGUGGUAGAAUCGAGUCCAGUCCCGACAGCGUGGGCCUUGUCUCAGAUUCGAACUCACAUGUGAGUGGCCUUCACCGUUCUGGCUUAAUUGGGGAACAGAAUGCCGCAGCUACGAUUUGCAUUUUAAUUCCCGACUGUGACCAUAGCAGGCGGGCACACAUCGACUAGCCGAUAACACUUCACCACAUGCCCAAUGGCUCUAGGCUGGGCUAGGUUGAAAUUUCCGAACAAAACCUACCCAGUAUCUCUACCCUCGGAGUCCAGAGAAAAGAAUAGCUGAAUAAGUGAUCAUAGUCCUCGGAUAUGUCAACCCUCCUUCCCAAUCGUUACCUCCAUAUUCAUCAAAUUCUGUCUGAUGUCCUGCGGUGUUGUCGGCCGUAGCCAGACGCGACCUCAACACAAUUCAGUCCGCAAACCCGUCUACUGUUUCGAGACCAAACACGUCUUCUCCAAACAGAUGGAACUUGUCGGGUUGUUUACAACCAUAGUCGUGCGCCCAAGGUUGCUGCAAAGUAGGACUAUGUUGUCGCCAACUUUAAGUAGGUCAAAUUGCUACCUCAGUUGCAGUACCACAGCCACGCUUGAGAAGUUAUAGAGAGCAGGUUGUAUCGCUUUCUGGACAUUCAGUUUCUUGCGAUCGAGGUCGAAGGUAUUUGGAAUUGUCGUUUGCAUAACAAUCCUGUCUCAAGUCUAAACGCUUGCAGGCUUACUUUGACCUUUGUGAAACGGGGUCUGCCAUGUUUGAAGUGGCCCAUCUGUCCACGCUGACCUCGACCGAGUCGUGGGCGUUAGGGACUUCUCAUCGCGUCUGCAGGAUGGAGCUCUCCGGCUCUGUUUUUGUGCUUCUCGGCGGCACGAGGUUAAAUGUAAAGCGAGUUGUCGCAGACAUCUUUCGCAGAGCACACCUCUACAUUGGUGUCUUGAAUUGUGUUUUUGGGGGAAAAUUCGGCUCCCGCUCGACAGUCCCGUAGGCAAAGGAGUGAUCGAAGAUGAGCUACGACCCAUGCCCUGUGACCCCUGAGAAGCAGCAGAAAUCUCCUGGGACAGAGCAAAUGAGCUGUCCUGAGCUCCUCAGGUAAAGGUACCGUUUCACCGGCUCGAGGCCUUGCCCACGGCCUGUUUGUGCACCAUCCAGGGCUGCCUUUCAGUCGCUGAUAAAUUCCCUCCACGGUGGUCUUCUCUCCAGACUUCCCGGUGAAAAUCCCCCUACUGACUUAUUUCAACCUGUCAGCCUUUCGAUAUAGUUUGUAGAAGAUGGUCCUAGAUAGAUACAAGGACAUGAAUGGCAGGGCGGUUUGAGUCCGACCGAAGAGGCGGGACACGAUGAUAUACCGGGCUGUGAUGGCUGCAACUCUGCUAUCAACUCUCUUUUACGCGGUAUCACGUUAGUGUUAGCAAACUUCGCCCGUCUUUCGCACCGCUGACACGCCCUUUGUAAUUCUGUCUCACUGUAGCCCCAGUGGCGACGGAUAGUUUCAACCAUCACCGCCUCGUGGCCGACUGUGACUCGUUGUAAUUCUUCAUCCUAGUGCCUGGUCGAGCUCAUUCCGUGCUGUUGUUUUUUUUCGCAGAGGUCCCAUGAAUGUGGUUAUCAGUGGUGAUCUGGGUUUUGCUUGGCACAGGGCGGCGUCUUUACCGCAUGUAUCUACAUUUUUUGUCUAGCCAGUGCGAAGAUUUGGAAGAUGGUUGUUCUCACAGUUGAAAUCACUUGUUGACGCCCUUCUGGUUGAUUCAGAAAUACUCAAAAUCGCAUUCGACGAACUGCCCGAUUUUGCCGGACAGAAUACAGGUGUUUCGUUCUGCGUCCUAACUCCGAUCUAGAGCCAUAGCAGGCGAUUGCAGAGCCACGGGUAUUCAGUGGUCAAAUGAACCCCCCCCUAUUUCGGACUUAAGCUCUUCGCAUGACUAAGUUGUCUGACGACGUCAAAUGUGCCGAAAAUUGGCACUCUAAUCUCCUUUGCCACGGUUAUUAAUCUCUCAAUUAUUUGCUCGCCACUUGCGUGGCCUCUAGACCCCGGGCCCCCAAGGAAGAACGUUGAACAAAAACGCCACCUACGGGGUCCUCCUAGCUUUAAUCCCCUCGCUCUCUCUCUGCGCAGUUUGACGACGUUUAGGGAGACCGCAUGUUUGAUCGACUUGCUAUUCUUCUUCCCCCCCCCCUCUCUAGGUUCCAUUUCUUUACGUCUCAGGAAGCAGCUUUGAGGAGGUUUUUGUGGGUAUGGGAGCCUCGCGAGUUCGGCAGUUGUUUGCUGCUGCAAAGCAACAUGCGCCCUGCCUCAUUUUCGUCGACGAAAUAGACUCAGUCGGACGCUUCCGCACUUCAUCACCUCAUCAUCCCUACGCUAAUCAGACCAUUAACCAAUUGCUGGCGGAGAUGGAUGGCUUCCAGCCCUCCGAGGGCAUUAUCGUUCUGGGCGCCACGAAUCAGCGCGAAGACCUGGACAAGGCGCUACUUCGGCCUGGACGCUUUGAUUUUCAAGUGCACGUGUCUCCGCCAAACUAUGAGGUACUUCUGUAUGUACAUGCACUCCAGGUCGAUAACAUUUUUGCUGCAGCUGAGACGAACCUGUUCAGUGUGCAGCCAAACUUGGAAAAAAAGAAUUAACCGAAUAUUUUAAUGCGUUUUCGAGUGCAAAAUAUUACUUGACUGGUUUUGCAGUACUGAGUAGUGCGCGCCACCAUCACGAGUUCACACAUGCACUGCACUAUGGCAGAUUCUGGUUGAAUAUUCCUACUGCUCCCCUAUGCCUCUCUGGAAAAUCAAUCGCGCGCUACAUUCAAUAUUUACAUAAUUUCGCCCAUAUUUCUUUGGAUGGACGCACUAGGAUUCACUUCCCACUAAAAUCUUGCAGCAACUUUCGUAUUCCUGAAAACUUGUUACUUGUAUUUCGGUCCUACAAUUGUUAAUUUUCGGAUACGUGCACAUAUCCACUUAUGCAGUGCAAUAUCCGUGUUUCUCCCCAUCUUUCUUGGGCUCCCCAACCUUCUCGGGCUUUAUGUUUCCCGCACUACUGAUGGAUGCCCAUGGUAAGGAUUGACAUCAACAUUCAAAUCCACUGGAAGUUACUCGAUACCCGCCGCAGUUACAGCUUCGUAGAAAUCUCCAAAAACAGGAUAAGCUGCCUUCUUUUUCGACAAGAAUUGCGCAUUGAAAGCCACAACGGGAAGGACUUGGGGUUUGUCACCCUGGGGUUAACGGUUAAUGUGGAGGACAUGCUUAUAAAUGCCUCAACCAACCCCAGCGGCUGCAUAGAUAAAACUUUCAAUCCCUGCAAACGACAACCGCCUCACCGCCGUGGACGACUCGUCUAGGAAGCACAACCUCCAGAAUCGCUAAAAUCGACGACGAGAUUGCAACUCAUAACUCGAAGAUCGUCUAGGUUUUUUGUCAGACCCUUAACUCGUCGCAUACUCUUCAACGCCAAACUGAGGAUAUAGGGGUCUGUAGUCUCUGAAACAUACCUGUGCGGAGCGGACACGGCGAUCUAUCAAAACCAGGCAAGGAAGCCAAACUAUGUCUCCUAAGGCUAACUUCUGGAGAAAGUGAAACCAGAGGGCCAAGGACGGACCAGGACUGCAAUGCCGCAGCAGACUCACUUCGGAGAUGCGAAUGGCAGACCAGCGUCUGUCGAAACCAUUAUCUGCCAAUGACGUUGCUACAACCUCCCACCGACGAUCAGAGCAGAACAGACGCUGCAGUCUUUCCUCAAAGGCCUUCCUCUGGUGUCAUAGAAUGAACCCAGAGCCCUGGAAGACUGUCUCAAGGCGUCGGCAGGCAUGACCAACUGUCAUAAAGGAUGACACAACGGUCCCGGAACCCUGACAAAAGGCGGAGGCCGAAGUGAAGCUUCAAAAACAUAAAACUGGAGUGCCGAAGGAAAACGUAGACAGUGACGGACCUCCUCCCGCCUGUCCUCUCUGCCUGCGCGAAGUCAGUUUUUGCUGGACACCUCUGUAUCCGUUGCAGCACCACCCACAAAAAAACAAUGUCGGGGAACGUACACAGUAUUCGUUAAGCAGUAAUUUAGAACUGGCCCGCACCGAACUGUUUCCUGGUCAGAAUCGCCAAGGCUGGACAUCAUAUCCACCUCCGCACACCGAACGCUACUUUGCGGACCACUUUUGCCCCUUCUGCUGCUCUGACUACUGCAAUGUUUGAACCCAUGUGACUUUUUCACUCCCUGUGACGUCCAACGAACGGAGCGUUCGAUAUAUCAGCUGUUAAUGUUCGCCGGGUGACCUUAUUGCCAUGCCAAUUCCCUCACCAAAAUCGACGCAGCCGAGGGCUUUUAAAAUGUCAGAAGGCAAUCGAGCUAACUCAGAUAAUCCUUUACGAUUAUUCUAGGUGAUCGGAUUAGUAAUUUCGCAAGUAACACCGACACGUGGUUCGUCUAAGCGAUCGAGUCAAGGUGGCGGACAACCAAGAAGAAAAAGCAAUGAGGAUCAGCGAAUGAGAAGGCGGAUAGAAAUAUAAUUUAGGUAGUCUGGUUACUAGUAAGCGGUUAGUAGAAAUGUUAAACAGACCUACAACAGAACUUAUGGGACCAACAAAUUCCGCGACGGCCUGUCAACUCCAACCGGUAGCUGCAUAACAGAGGCAGCGUAUGAGAAAGGUGCAGGGAUUUGAAUUUCCACUGCGACACGUUACGGUUGAUAAGCCGUCGCGAAAUUUGUUGGUUUUAAUAAAUCCUGUUGUGUACUCCUGUUUCAAAUUCAUACCGGAGAAAUAUUGCUUUAAAGUUAGUAGAAAAACAAAAACGGAACUAAAACUUUGACAUAUGGGGAAUGUCGCAUCAGCUGCGAAGCCCUGGUCCACGCGUUGUACCCCCAAUUACUGCCUUUACCACUUCAUCGUCUGUCACAAGGUCGCUUCAGGACAGACAACUAGACUGCUCACCAACAGCCACUCCUCCCGGCCCGCCAUCAAUGACGACAAGAACAAUCCUCCAAUCCACUCCUAGCUUCAAACACGUUUAGAGCUAGUAUACACCUCCACCUUACAUCGGUCCGUCAAGGCCUUCCACGUAUGCUCAACCUGGUAAAGCUACAAUCGCCGAUUACUAAGGGUGUAUCAUAAUACGAUUUUCGAGCCCUGAAUGUUUCAAGAAUAAGUGAAAAUGCAUGUUUUAUUUCAACAGUUCAAGGGAAUGAAAGCACUGGAAAACUGAAAUAUACGUUUCCUUCAAGAGGCAUGCCUAAAGAAGACGUGAUUUUUUUGCACAGAAGAGGGCGUGAAAUUUCACUUUUCUCGCUUUUUUAGGAUCUACAAUCGAAUUUAUACUGCUAUCAUCGUUGACUGUUACCUUUUCUUUCCACUCUCACUCAGACUGCAUUUACUUCGAUACUGCCAGAGCGAACACAGGCAUUGGGACUUUCAGAUUUAUUUAAUCGCUUCUAAGUACUUACUCUCACCGCACAUUUGGUGUUUUGGUUUUGCCGGCCCCUUUAUACAUGGCGAUCGCGGUUGUGCCCGAAGACCACUGGAAUUUGGGCUUCGUGGCAAAAAAGAUAAUUAUAGAUGAGCAGUAUCUAUAAUGCCACACCGCAUGGCAUCCGCCUGUGUCGUUCGCUGAAACUGGGACCACACAACCUUGUGGUGGCCGGGAGGUAGAUCAAUUUUAUGAUUCAUGAAAUCGUAGUCGGAGUUCUGGAUCUGAAGCGGCUCUCGGCCUGUUCUAGUGUUCUUUCGCGCCAUUAUUUCGUCCCCGAAACCGAAUUUUUUGCAAACUUGACUUCUUGAAAGACUUCGCACCCCCCCCCCC